AUGCAUACAUCGGCUUUUAGCCACUUCUUCUCUUUCCUCUUCUUCUCUAUCUUCUUCUUUUUCUCCUUCUGCUUCUUCUUUUUCACCUUCUUUUUCUACUCCUCCUUCUUAGGCUUCUUUUCCUGUUUCUUCUUUUUCUUCUCCUUUUUUCUUAUUUUUUACCUCUUCCUUCUUUUUUUUUUCGUCUUCUUCUCUUUCUCCUCCUUUUUCUCCUCCUUUUCUACUGUUUCUUCUUCUUCUUCUUCUUCUUCUUCUUCUUCUUCUUCUUCUCGUCCUUCUUCUUUUGCUCCUUUUCCUUCUUUUUCUUCUUCUUUCUCAUCUUCUGCUUCCUUUUUCUUUUUUCUCUCUCCUCCUCCUUCUUCUUCUACUGCUGCAUUUUCUUCUUCUUCUUCUCCUUCUUGUCCUUGUUUUCUUCUAUGUAACAUUUUUUCAUUUUCCAACUUGACCGUUUUCUACUCUGUCAUUUUUUUUUCUUUUUCCUUCACCUCAUUUGUCUUCUGUUUUUUCCUUCUUCAUCUUCGUCUUUCUACAGAGUUUUUAACGGCUUUUUCUCGUUCAAUGUCUUCUUUUUUUUCUCUUAAUUUUCUUCUCACUUAUCAUUCUUUUCUCUAA